ACUGAGAGGGAGAGAGAGAGAGAGAGAAAGGGAGCAGCUGAAGAGACAACUGGUGUGCACGGCUUUCCCAAGAGGAAAUGAAAAGAAAGAAGCUCAGCGAGGAGAGUGAAUGAGUGAGCGGGAGAGAGGAGAGGAAGGGUGGGAGGAGGGAGCAUGCCGGCUGGAGAGAGAGGGAAGAGAGAAAGAGAUUCUCACACUGGCUGUGUCCUAAUCCGAGUCCAUCUCCAAGAAGCAGCGGAGCAGAGUGUUAGUGAAGUGAGUCUGAGAGCCAAGGAGAGCUACACCAGCUCCAUCCACACACACACACACACACACACAAACACACACUCUCCCUCUCUUUCACCAACACACACACUCACACACACUCACACUCAUGCAACGGGAGUCCACGGUGAUGUGUCCGGCUGCGCAGCCACGGCUUUUGUGAAAGUGAAGGGGGAUUGACGCUGCCCCUGUCCCAGCCCCCUUUGGCUCACAGUGUUUGUUUGCUGUGUUUAAGCUCGAGGUGCUGCUGCUGCUGCUGCUGCUGCUGCUGCUGCUGGAGGAGGAGUAGGAGGAGGUGUGGUGUUGGUGGUGGUAGUAGUGGUGGUGCUGGGGGGCACUGCCAGGGCAGAGCAGGGGCACCAAAGAGGAGGAGGAAGAAGAAGAAGAGAGACAAAGUGGAUCAGAUCAACAGCAGCAGACUGAGCGCUGGAAAUGCCCGUCAGGUCUGAGUCUGUCACAUUCUCAGCCAAUCAAAGCCUUCGUUAACGGCGGUGGCGGCACGUGAUUGGGAGAAGGAUGGCAACCAUGCCAUUUGUCAGCGAGGGGAAAUGUGUGAGUGUGGAGUGGGAUUUCCUACAAGGACUACUGGCCAAGCCUCCCACCCUGCCCUGUCUCCAGAACCUGCGUAAAGAAAAAUCUCGCAAUGCUGCUCGUUCUCGGCGGGGGAAGGAGAAUUUUGAGUUCUUCGAGCUGGCCAAGAUGCUGCCGCUGCCCGGGGCCAUCACCAGCCAGCUGGACAAGGCUUCGGUCAUCCGGCUGACCAUCAGCUACCUGCACAUGCGCACCUUUGCCAGCCAAGGGGACCCACCCUGGAGCCCUCUGCUGGAGGGAGACAGCAACUGCAGCAAAGUCAGACGAUCAUCUCAUUCUCUGGCCACUGACAUGUUUGAGCAGCACCUUGGGGCCCACCUCCUGCAGUCUCUAGAUGGCUUUGUGUUUGUGGUCAGUCAGGAGGGACGCUUCCUCUACAUCUCAGAGACAGUUUCUAUCUACCUGGGACUCUCACAGGUGGAGCUGACCGGCAGCAGUGUGUUUGACUACAUCCACCCAGCGGACCACGUUGAGAUGGCCGAGCGGCUGGGAAUCAGACCUCAUCUGCGGGCCGAGGCCGGCUGCCACACAGCCCCAGAGAGCGCUUCCAGCUCCGCAUCCACCUCCUCCCUGGCCGGUACCCCUGAACCUGCUCCAUCUAGUCCACAUUCUCCUGCAGACGAUCCUCCCGACCGUGGCUUCUUCAUCCGCAUGAAGUCCACGCUCACCAAAAGAGGCCUGCAUGUCAAGUCUUCUGGAUACAAGGUAAUCCAUGUGACGGGACGAAUCCGCUGCCGCCCUGCGCUUGUUCCGGGCUCCACGCGCUCCGUCCGUCGACCGAUGGGUCUGGUUGCACUGGCGCACACGCUGCCGCCCUCCACACUUAAUGAAGUCCGCAUGGAGAGCCACAUGUUUGUCUUCCGAGUGAAUAUGGACCUGCAGGUCACGUACUGUGAGAACAGGAUCUCAGAGUACAUGGAUCUGACCCCAGCAGAGGUGGUGGGACAUACCUGUUACCAUUUCAUCCAUGUAGAAGACCUGGAAAAUCUCCGGCAGAGCCAUGAGGACCUGCUGAGGAAAGGACAGGUAGUGACGGGUUACUAUCGCUGGCUCCAGAGGAGAGGAGGCUACCUGUGGAUCCAGUCCACCGCCACCGUCUCCAUCAACCACAAAGCCCCUCAUGAACGCAACGUCAUCUGGGUGAACUACGUCCUGAGUCGAACAGAGUUGCCCGACACUCCCCUGGAUCUGCUGCAGCUACCAGAGAGCAUAAGGGCAGAGCGACUUCGAGUCAGCUCGUCCCCCGCCGACAGCUCCCCGCAGGCCCGAGGCUCGCAGCCAGUGAAGAGCUCAGUGGGGAAGUCUGACCCCGACACUAAAGGCAGAGAGAAAUUCACCGCCGCUGCCGUCCAAUCAGAGGACAGGAGGAAGCGCCUGCUGAGGUCUGACCCCGAGGGCGCACCUCCCGAAACCCGCCGCCGCCUGGAGGAGCUCCGUCACGCUGAGGAGAGCGUAUCAGCCUCCUCAGACCUGGCGAGCGAAAGCGACGGAGAGGAGGAGGAGGAGACAGAGUGGGACCAUGGCGGAGACAGCGACAGACUGAAACAGGAGGACAGCGGGGGAGGCGGAGGUAAACAGAGCCGAGGAGGAGACACCCCGACCAGAGGGGAGAGGGCUGGGAAGGUGCACAACGGCCGAGCUGUGAUCCAGCAGCUGAAGAGCGUUGUCACCCCGUCUCCACUGCCUGGAAGCCCGAGCAUCAAGACUGAACAUGAAGCCCUGACCACCGGGGGGCGCUGGGGGGCACACACGCAGGCCUCCACCUCGCACACACACAACACCCAGCCCUCACAUGCACACACACCCUCCAGCAGCCUGAAUGGUGACAGCCCCACCACCCCGAUCCCCGACUCUUCCUCCAGCAGCGAAGCCCCACCGAAAGGCUUGUUCACACCCCCGUCCCCGGCUUUGUCCCCCGCCAUGUCCGUGUCCUCCCCGCUGCCCCGCGAGGAGAGGGGGGUGUCGGGGGUGGUGAGUCGGAGCAGCGGCGGCAGUGUCGGUGCAGGUAACGGUCCUGACUUUGAGCUGCUCCAGAGACUGGCUGCCGGCAGUGCAGCGGGGCGGGUCCUCUUCCACCCCCUUGCCCUCGGCCCGCAGGGCCCUCAGAGCCUCUACGCCCCGAGCACUAUCCGCUACGCUCCACCUGAGCUGCCUCCCUCCCACCACCACAGCGCGGGACACAGUGAUGGCCUGCAGCUACGUUCGGACCACCACAAGGGACCCCCACCGGCCUUCUUCCCCCACCUACAGCGGCUGGCCGGCCUGCCACCCUUCAGUGGUUUCUCCCCAUCUGACAGCCCUUUCUCCUCCGGCCUGCCCUUCUGUAUGAAUGGACUGAGGGGAGCUGCAGGCACAGAGGAGGACUGAGCCUCGGGGGGCGGAAAGUGAAAGGAAAAAAUAAAAACGAAGGAUGAAGCGUAGUGACAGGACAGAAAGAGAGACAUUGAAAAGGGCAGGAGAGACAGAAGUGGCAGGACAUUAAGCCUCGUUACUAAUUGGACAAUGAGUUGAAUAACUACAAUCUAAAGUGUGUGACAAGUUGGAAUUUAUUGUGUCGGCCUGUUGUGGACAAGUGACAGCGACUCUCAGAGAAAAUGGGACAGGGCAGAUUUUGACUGGUGUCCCUCAAGACUUUUCAUCUCUACAACAAUAAUGAACUCUGCUCUGUGUCUUUCUCUAGAUGACUGUGUUGAUUUAUGUGUCUCUUCCACUCAGAGAAGCCAUAUUGUAUAUAGAGACAAAACCAUGACGACCCUCAGCUCACAUCCUCAUUACUGUCACUCCAAUUAACCCAAUUAACCCUAAAACCAUUAGAAAGAGGUGGACACUUGUCUGUAGGAAUGAAAGUGACUUUGGGAUAUACAUUUUUAUUAUUGCAGUAUUACACAGAUCAUAUCUUACACUGAGCUCUGGGUGAGAAUUUGAUUGUAGGGGUUCCCUGAAAAUAGAUGCAGACAGCCUUCUGGUGUUUUGUAUUGAGACUCAAAUUAAUAAUGAAUAAUAAUAAUAAAAUAAAAAAAAGUAUUCAUCAGUCAGCCAUACUUAAAGCACACUGUUGGGACAAAAGUAUGAAUAAUGUAGUCCCAGACAUUCCAUUAUAUAUAAGGGAAGAAAAUGCAAUGCAGACAGGAUGCUAUUUCUGUUGUUUGAUUAUAGGAAGGUAAUUUGUUUAACUGAGUAUUAAUUAUAGUAUAUUCUGUAUGAUGCUGCAGCUGUGUUUGUGUAUGAAAGCCAUAUUCUUGAUUUUUAUUUUUUAAUGUUUCUAUUAUUUUGUUUUUCACCAGAUCAGCCAGAUGGAAGAAUGGUGUAAAAAAAAAAAAAUGCAGAGAAAACAGUGUUGUUUUAUUGGAUGUACAAUGUCAUCCGAAUACCUUUUUUUUAAAUCUCUUAAAAAAAGAUAUUUCUGAAAAUGUUUUAGGAGGGGAAGUGGUGCUGGAGAGAAGUGUUUUUUAUCAUUUAGACCUCGGUGUUUUUCUGAGCACUUAGCUGAAAUUUGUUGUGGUGUGAACUUAAAGCACUUCAUGACUCGAUGUGUGAUCCUGUUAAAACAGAAAACAAUGCAAGAGCGGUCACUAAUAUCACAGGCUGACCACAGCGUAGCGAAGGGAGAUGAAUGCUCAUUUAAAAAGACGGACAAAUAAACAGGCCACACGUGGUCAUUAAAAUACGACCAUUAGAGGUCAAUAAAACACAAGAGAAUAAUUCUGAUACUGGAUGCAGUUCAAUCAGUCAGUCAACUGGAAUUAAACUUUUUAAAUUAAAAAGUGAUAAUACGAAACACAGUGACUGGAAUUUCUGUCAGGACUGAAAAACUAAAUUCUUUUUACAUGAAUAAAUUCACAUUAGUGCGAGUAUUAAGCAUGUCAAAAACAAUUUGAACAGAUACUCAAACUACUGACAAUGUGCAUUCCAAAAUACAAAAAUAAACAUUUUAAAAUGUUACCUUUCUGACAGAAUGUUGGCAUUGACACAGGCAAAACUUGUGCAUAUAGUAAAAUUUAACAAUAAUAAACAGUGAUGUAAAUUCUGAAAAAUAAACAUCAGGCAAUUUUCAAGCACUUUGGAAUGAAGUCUUCAAACUGAUCUAUCAUUUGAUCCAAAUGCAGGUAAAAUUUAUAUAAUCUGUUGGAAACAAAGUCUUCUGGCACUUUUUUUUUUGCUUUGAAAUUUAGAUUGCGAUUGACAGUGUGAUCUGAGGGCUCAUUUUAUGUGCAAACCUCAUGUUCUGACGACUGACAGGAGAAAAAAAGGGCGGAUAAAAAAAUUCUAAUUGUUCAGAUCUGCUGUGCACUACACACCCAUACCGUAGCAGUCACGUUCAAAAAAAUGUGUGAGCACACAUAUUCUCGGGUGUUUACUGGUAUAAUAUGCGCGCAUGGGUGUGUGUGUGUGUGUGUGUGUGUGUGUUUGCUUGUGUAAGUGUGUGUUUGUUUCUAUUUUUUUUUUUGUUUUUUGUUGUUGAAUUAAACAGCUAACCCCCCGUUGCCCAUCACUGUGAAUCUAACGUUAUCCUCCCAUCUUUGUGAAUACUCCACCCACUCAUCAGAUAAAAUGAACAAAUGUAAAAAUAAAGACAGUGAUACAGAUGAUGAUAACAAUAAAAUAUUCCAGUAGAGGAGCACAA